GACUUGUCUAAUAGAUAAGAGAUUUUAUCAUAAUAAGAUGUUAAGUAUCACAAUAAUUUAUACAAAGCUGGAAAGUUUUUGCAGAUCCCAGAAGUAGCACAAGUAUUUUUUUUAAUUCUGUGAGUGAAACUGAAAUAGACUGUAAUAAUAAGGUGAUACAAGCAUUUUUAAUUUGAAAUUUAUUUAUCGACUACCGCCAAGCGCAGAUCGAAAGGCGACAAAACGCUGCGAGUGCUUUGUUCAAACGGGCAAGUGAACGUGACCAUCAAGCAGCAUUUGAAUUGGCGAGUACACUUGCUUAAUCAACUUUUAUUUCUUAUUGUUCCUUUGAAUAUAUUUUGCAAUGCCUUUUAAAUGUGCGGGUUGUUAUCAAAUAAUCUCAAACAGAGAGUACCUUACAUGUUCUUAAUGCACAAACAAAUAUGACCUAAUAUGUGAAAAUGUUUCAAUUCAGCGAUUUCUCAAUACAUUGACUGCAGAACACAAAAAAACAUGGAAAUGUCAGGCUUGUUAUUACAAAAUACCUAAAUCUGAUCAUGUGAAUACCCCUGUCCGCUCUUCAAAUGCUGCUGAUAUCGCAGUAUUUGGAUUUUUUUUCCAACAAAUAACGACAACAUCACAAAUAGAAAGAAAAACAUUCACUCUGUGAAUGAUUCAACAUCUACCCUAAGUCUCUUGAGUGAUAAUGUCGACGCAAAUGUCACAAUUACUGAUGAAAGGAAGAGCGCAGUAAAUAAAGAACUAAUGCAGCAAUUGAGCGAUAUAAUAAUUUUACGACUCAAAGAAAACAACAAAUCGAUUGUAGUAGAACUCCAAAAUAUUAUCGCAGAUGAAAUAAAUAAGGCAUUGGAAAUUUUUAAAAAGGAUAUAAUAGUAGAAAUAGAUAUAAUCUCAGAACAAAGUAAUCAAAGGAAAUUGAACAUAUUAAGAAUUGACAUUGAAAUAGAAAAUUUAAAAGAAGAAAAUGUUAAGCUAAGUAAUGAAAUUAAAAAUAUUGAAAGAAAAAUUACUACUAACACAACAGAAAAUAAUGGAAAGAAGUUAGUUAUAUACGGCCUGGGAGAGUAUGGUCAUGAAACAGAACAGGACUUGUAUGGCAGGCUGAUACAUAUGUUUUACGAAAUAUUAAAUAUAGAUAUUCGAGAUGCAAUUGAAGAAGUAUAUAAGAUUGGAAAAAACUUUAAUACAAAACGACCACUAUUUCUAAAACUCGUCUGUAAGAAAUUGGUUAAGCACAUAAUAGAUAACAACAUUUAUAUUCGAGGGACUCAAAUAUAUAUUUCAGAAUUCUUAGACGAAAAUUCCAGAAGAGAAAGAAGAAAACUAAGACAUGAAAUGAUUGCCGCUAGAAAACAAGGAUUGCAUGCAGUAAUUAGAAGUAAUGAAUUAUAUAUUGAAAGCAAGAAGAUAAAAAUCCAGCAGAAUUUAAUUCCAAAACGAUAACGAUAAACAAAUAUUUACAGUGAAGAGAGUACCGGUACCGACAGUUAACGAAAAAGAUUAAAAACAUUAUAAAAUACACAAACAACAUCAUUAGCCAUCUAAGGCACGAUCACCAUCAUGGAAUUUGAAAAAUUCGCUACUACCAAACUUAAAAGUCAUCUCCCAAAACAUACAGAGUAUCGGAAAUAAGUUGGAUUUACUGGAACAGCUACUGGAUAAUACAAACAGAUAUCCUUUUGCUGUCAGAAACAUGGAAAUCGAAAAUUUUAUGGACACGAUAAUUUUGACAGGUUUUAAAAUACCAUCCUUUUUCUGUCGUAAAUACCACGAAGGUGGGGGUUGUGUAUUAUAAUUAGGGAUACUAUAGAAUAUAUAGAGAGGAAAGACAUUGUAGACUUAUCAAGAGAAUAUGUAAUAGAAUUUAGUGCUAUUGAAAUGCCAGCGUUGAACUGUAUUGUUAUUAGUUUAUACAGAGCAAAUCGACAUAUAGAUAUAUUUAUGAUGAAUCUAUUAUUGAAAAAGCUUAGUAUUAAAGAUAAAAAUAAACAUUUAUUUCUUGCUGGAGAUUUCAAAUUAAACAAACUAAAAAUCUAUUAAAUUUAAUGCAUUCUUUCAACUUACAGUCAUUAGUUAAUGAACCUACUCGAGUCUCUAAAUCAACAGCCACUAUAUAUAUAUAGAUCUAGCAUUUACAAAUGAUAUAAAUGAGAUAGAACAUUUAUUGUCAAUAACUAUGACAUUAAAACACAAUCGCGAUUAUAAUAAUAUUAAUAGUAACACUUGGUAUAAAGAAAAAAGACUAUUUACAACUUCAAACAUUCAAGCUUUCAAAACACAAAUAUCUAAAGUAAAUGAGCAGGAUGUAUUUGAUGAUGACAAAACAAUCAAUGAUUAUUGAAACAAAUGAUAUUUGAAUAAAUUGAUACCUAUCAAUAAAAUCAAAAUUAAACAGAAGUGUCGUAAGUCAUGGUUAACAACUGGUUUAAGAAAAUCGUGCAAACAUAAAAGAAUGUUAAAAAAUAUUCUAAAUGAAACAAACAGUAAAUAGUUUAAUACCUUUAAUCACAUAUUGAAAAGAAGCAUCAAAAUUUCAAAAAAAAAAAACGAGUAUACAAGGCAAAUAAAUAGAUCAGAAAAUAAGUAUAAACCAUGUGGAAUAAAUUGAUACCUAUCAAUAAAAUCAAAAUUAAACAGAAGUGUCGUAAGUCAUGGUUAACAACUGGUUUAAGAAAAUCGUGCAAACAUAA